CACCGCUGUCCGAUGCGACGUCAGUUGCGCCUGCGCAUGUGCGUUUGAUGUGCCCCCUCGAGCGGCAACGGGUAUUCUGGAUAUUGGGGGGACGAUGUGCAGUGCGCCCCAAACAGUCUGCUCGUGCCCAAACCAUUCGCUCGCGCGCGCGAUCCGGCCGGUUUUGCGUGCAGCCCCAGGUCAACCGUCGCAGACGGAGGUGGAAGUUGCGAGAAUAUUGCCGGAGAGGCCUGCGGCCAGCGCGAAGCUUGGCCCACCCUGUAUAUCCUCAAAUCCCAACCUAUGUCAUAACCGCAUCAAUCGCUCCGCGCCUUCACAACAAAACCUUUCAUCGCCCUCCCCGCCUGCGCAACUAAACUUCUCCGACCACCACCUCAACCCUCAUUGUAUUUGCGACCCCGCUGCCUCGUGCACGUAUCCCCCCACAACAUGUCGUCAGCAGAGGAGAACAAGUCCGAGAAUGGCCGUUUGCUGCUCGUUUCCAACCGCUUGCCCAUCACCAUCAAGCGCUCCGAAGAAGGCAAAUAUGACUUUUCCAUGUCCUCCGGCGGCCUGGUCAGCGGCCUGAGUGGUCUGUCGAAAUCCACCACGUUCCAGUGGUACGGCUGGCCGGGUCUCGAGGUGCCCGAGAACGAGAUUGGCACCCUGAAGGAAAAGUUGAAGGCCGAGUACAACGCAGUCCCCGUCAUGCUGGAUGACGAGCUUGCGGACAGGCACUACAACGGCUUCUCCAACUCUAUCCUUUGGCCGCUUUUCCACUACCACCCCGGUGAGAUUACCUUCGACGAGUCCGCAUGGAACGCAUAUACCGAGGCCAACCGCCUAUUCGCGAAGGCCAUUGCGGCGGAUGUUCAGGACAACGACCUCGUCUGGGUUCACGAUUACCACCUUAUGCUUCUGCCGGCUAUGCUGCGCGAGGAGAUUGGCACGACGAAGAAGAACGUGAAGCUCGGCUUCUUCCUGCACACUCCCUUCCCUAGCAGUGAAAUCUACCGUAUCCUGCCCGUCCGUAACGAAAUCCUGCUCGGCGUCCUUCACUGCGACCUCAUCGGCUUCCACACCUACGACUACGCAAGGCAUUUCCUGAGCAGUUGCUCUAGGAUACUUGGUCUUGCGACUACCCCCAACGGCGUUGAGUUCCAGGGCAAGGUUGUUACUGUCGGUGCUUUCCCCAUCGGCAUUGACCCGGAAAAGUUCGAGGAGGGUUUGAAGAAGCCCAAGGUUCAGGAGCGCAUUGCUACUCUUGAACGCAAGUUCCAGGGCGUGAAGCUCAUCGUUGGUGUGGAUCGUCUGGAUUACAUCAAGGGUGUUCCGCAAAAGUUGCACGCUCUUGAGGUUUUCCUCACUGAGCACCCCGAGUGGAUUGGCAAGGUCGUCCUGGUUCAGGUCGCUGUGCCUAGUAGACAGGACGUCGAAGAGUACCAGAACCUGAGAGCUGUGGUCAACGAACUCGUUGGCAGAAUCAACGGCAAGUUCGGUACCAUCGAGUUCAUGCCUAUCCACUUCAUGCACAAGUCUGUUUCCUUUGAUGAGCUCAUUGCUCUGUACGCUGUCUCGGAUGUCUGCCUGGUCUCGUCAACCCGUGACGGUAUGAACCUGGUCUCUUACGAGUACAUUGCGACACAGCAGAAGCGUCACGGUGUGAUGAUUCUGUCCGAAUUCGCCGGUGCUGCCCAGAGCUUGAACGGCAGCAUCGUCGUCAACCCCUGGAAUACGGAGGAACUCGCGGAUGCUAUUCACGACUCCGUGACCAUGGGCGCGGAGCAAAGGGCCAACAACUACCAGAAGUUGGCCAAGUACGUCAACAAGUACACUAGUGCUUGGUGGGGCCAGUCCUUCGUCAGCGAGCUUACUCGCAUUUCUGAGCAGGCGGAGAAGAAGCUGAACGUGCGUCGCGGAUCCAUCCUUGAUGCUUCUAGCAGCAGCAGCAACAAGGAGGAGGCUCAGGCUCCCAAGCCGAACCCAGACCCUGCUGAGGCUGAGGCCUGAGUAAGGGCCGCUUGGUCCACUUCAUCUGAAGAGGAAAUGCUUAAUGGCGUAUGGCUCAAGAACUUGGAAUGAUUAGCAUGGUAAUUGCACGGCAUUGUAUGACUCUUAAUGGAUUUGCUCGUCACCGGCGUAAGACAUUCGGGCUCUCAGAUAGACUUCGAAGCGAAGAUAUCCAGAACAAUUGUUCUCCUG